GAAAUCUUCAGUGUGAUCCGAGGGAGCCGAACUACAGAAACCAUACUUACAGGUACAUGUGACAGCGCCGCAGCUAUGAGUGGAAUUUUAAGGGGGAGGUGUGAAGCAGUUGACGGCUCCUCACUCCCUUCCUCUGCGCAGGAAUCAGAUGAUGAAGUUUUCAGCUGUGACAGUGCUGACAGUGUUGAUAGUGCCGAUCCAUCCACUUCCAAUCAUUUCACCGGAAGAAAUAAGAAGAUAUCAACUGACUGAAAAGAUGUUUUCAGAGGCCUAGAGUCUUCAGGGAGACACUGGAGUUCAUGAGAUCUCAAGGUACAUGUGACAGCGCCGCAGCUAUGAGUGGGAUUUUAAAGAGGAAGUUUGAAGAAGUUGACGGCUCCUCACCCUGCUCCUCCGUGCGGGAAUCAGACGAUGAAGUGUCCAGCAGCGAAAGUGCCGACAGCGGGGACAGUGUCAACCCGUCCACCUCUAGUCAUUUUCCCCCUUCCUCCAUUCUCAAAAGGGAGAAGCGGCUGAGGACAAAGAACGUGCACUUCAGCUGUGUCACGGUGUACUACUUCACCAGGAGGCAAGGCUUCACGAGCGUGCCCAGCCAAGGCGGCAGCACCCUGGGCAUGUCCAGCCGCCACAACAGCGUGCGCCAGUACACUCUGGGCGAAUUUGCCAGAGAGCAGGAGAGGCUCCACCGGGAGAUGUUACGAGAACACCUCAGGGAGGAAAAACUGAACUCUUUAAAACUAAAGAUGACCAAGAAUGGCACAGUGGAAUCUGAAGAAGCUGGCACUCUCACAGUGGAUGACAUUUCCGACGAUGAUAUUGACUUAGACAACACAGAGGUAGAUGAGUACUUCUUCCUACAACCCCUGCCGACAAAAAAACGAAGAGCGCUGCUGCGGGCGUCUGGAGUGAAAAAGAUUGACGUUGAAGAAAAGCAUGAGCUGCGAGCCAUCCGCCUCUCGAGAGAGGACUGUGGCUGUGACUGCCGUGUGUUCUGUGAUCCAGAAACAUGCACCUGCAGCCUGGCGGGCAUCAAGUGUCAGGUGGAUCGAAUGUCUUUCCCAUGUGGCUGCACUAAAGAAGGAUGUAGUAACACAGCAGGUAGAAUCGAAUUUAAUCCUAUCCGUGUCCGGACCCACUUUUUGCACACAAUAAUGAAACUCGAACUGGAGAAAAACCGAGAGCAGCAAAUCCCCACGCUGAAUGGCUGCCAUGGUGAGAUAAGUGCUCACAGUAGUUCCAUGGGCCCUGUCGCUCACUCCGUAGAAUAUUCCAUCGCAGACAAUUUUGAGAUUGAAACUGACCCCCAGGCUGCAGUGCUGCACCUGCAGUCUGCUGAGGAAUUAGAUUGCCAAGGAGAGGAGGAGGAAGAAGAGGAGGAGGACGGGAGUAGUUUCUGCAGUGGAGUCACUGAUUCUAGCACGCAGAGCUUGGCACCCAGUGAGUCAGAUGAGGAAGAGGAAGAGGAAGAGGAGGAAGAGGAAGAGGAAGAGGAGGAGGACGAUGAGAAAGGGGACAGUUUUGUGGACGGCCUGGGUACACAUGCUGAAGUUGUCCCUCUUCCUUCCGUCCUUUGUUAUUCUGAUGGCACCGCUGUUCACGAAAGCCAUGCGAAAAAUGCUUCUUUUUAUGCCAACUCUUCAACUCUGUAUUACCAAAUAGACAGCCACAUUCCUGGAACUCCCAACCAGAUCUCUGAGAACUAUGCGGAAAGAGAGACUGUCAAAAAUGGUACCCUCUCGCUGGUGCCUUACACCAUGACCCCGGAGCAGUUCGUUGACUAUGCCCGACAAGCGGAAGAGGCCUACGGCACGUCCCAUUACCCAGCUGCCAACCCCUCUGUCAUCGUUUGCUGUUCCUCUUCAGAAAAUGACAGUGGUGUGCCCUGCAAUAGCUUAUAUCCCGAACACAGGUCCAAUCAUCCUCAAAUGGAAUUUCACUCAUACUUGAAAGGCCCCUCCCAGGAAGGGUUUGUGUCUACAUUGCAUGGUGACAGUCACAUUUCAGAGCAUUCUGCUGAAAAUUCUUUGAGCCUUGCGGAAAAGAGCAGAUUGCACGAAGAGUGCAUCAAAUCCCCUGUGGUCGAGACGGUCCCUGUCUAGGAUCUUAAGUUAUUCCAGGACCAUCUCUCCUAUUUAAAACACUGCAUUUAAUUGGAUUUCCUGGGCUCAUGGUUGUGUAAACUGAGGACCAAGCAAACUUGGACUGAAUCUUCCAGACUGUAUUUUGUUUUCUCCUUUCUAGCUACGUGUCUGUGGCAUUGCACAAAUACAGUCUAUAUGAGGAUUUUAAAAGAUUUCAGACCGUUUUGAUAGAAAAAUGCUAAUUUUAGAAAAGCAUAUCUCACAAUUGCCUACCUGUCAAACUGUGUGAAACCUGCCAAGUUAUAUAGAUCAGAGCUCCAAGUUUUGGAUUAUCGGGCCUGUGCAAAACUGUUAACUAAGACUGGGAAAUAAUAAGAUUUAGAGUCCUACUUUUCGAUAUUAUCUGAAGAUGAUGGUGACUUUUUAAAUGUAAAAGUAAUUAUUGUAAGAAAAAGAUUUCAUCGUUCCAUGUGUAUUUUAUUUAUGGUAGUUAGAAGUCAUGUUUUGAUGAAAACGAACAGCAGCAUGUUCUUUUAAGCUGAAGAUGCUAGUUAGGACCACUGAGCAUGCCCCCAUGGAUUGCAUCUGGAAUCCAUUCAUGUUUUUAUGAUCAUAACUGAUCAGAUUUGCAAAUACUUUCUUAAGGGUGAAAUAGGCCUAUUUUUGCUAUUUCGGACAAAUAAAUGAAUCUAUAUCUGCAGGUCCUUACACAGUUUUCUCUAAAGUUAAGAGUUAGGACAAUCCUUUGAUGAGGGUCUAGUUCAUUGCCCUCCUUCAUUGACUCCAGAGAUGGAGGUAGAGGAAUUGCCUUUCUUUUUUAAACAGCACCAUCUCGGUUCUUAGCUUGGACAGCACCUUUAAACUCUACUCCCCUACAUCAAAAUGCACUUUAGUGCCCCUUCAUGGUAACUUGUGAGGGGUGGGGACUGAGAACUCCUUGAGAUGAAAAAAAUUUAGAAAAAUUUUUAAAUCUGUAACUAUUAGAAGGUUCAUAUAAUUAAUGCAGAGGAAUCAUCCAGUGAUACUUUAUGAAGGAAAAAUGGCCUGUUUUUUUCGCCACUCUGAAGACCUAACUCGGUAAGACCAGAGGAGGCUGAGGAACAUGGAAGAGACACAGUCUCAGCAACCAGCCUUUUCCGCAGCGGGAUCAAUCGUCUCUACAAAGUGAGCGUAUGAGAUUUCCAUUUAGCGACCAGCCGAUUGAAGGGGGGGCCUGUACCCAAAUACUCAACUAGGCCUUACUUUUCUGAAGCAUUUUGAUCUAUCUUGCCUGGGACAUUUAGCAGAACAGUCCAGAAUGCAUUGAAUACUUUCUAAUUACCUCACGUCCUCUCGUUAAAGGGGACAGAUAGAAAGAAAACAUGCACUCCCCACCUUUAGGCUAUCUGCACUUGGUUUGUCGGAGGACUUCUAAGUUCGCGUGUUCCUGUAAAUUAAUUUAGGUAACUAAAUAGUGUGUUUUAUCUUCCUCUUUCAAUACAAUAGGACUAUGCUAAAUCUUAUUUCCUAUUUUUGACCUGUUGUUAUGUCAUUUCACAUUUUAUGCCUCUUUGAAACGUGGACAUGCCUUGCUAUUCGGUGACUGCAUUGCUACUUAUUUUUUAUGUUUUUUAGACUUGGAUGUUUAGCAAUAUGGAUAUAAAUAUAUUGUAGACGUCAGUUCCUUAAAAAAUACUAUUUUCUUUAACUGAACUUAGAAAUGAUUGAUCUAAAGAAGGUCCUCCAUUGGAGAAGUUUCUACUAAAACUUGACUUGGGGAAAAUGUGUUUGUGUGGUGGGUGGCUCUCCCACUGGGCUGUGUGUUGCUGCCCCUUCUCUACUCCAUCACUGGGCCACAUUUAUAACCAUGACUGUUAGCAUUAAAGGAUCUGUGGGUUUGUCCUUACAGAGGUAGCAAUAAUGAGGGCAGGGACAUUCCUUUUAAAAGAUAAGCCCUUUGGGAUAAUCAGAUUGGGGUUUUGCUCAAAUCUCAGUAGUAUAUCUGGCGUUGUCUACAAAGUUACAGGUUUUAGUGCUUGAUCUCCAAAAAUUUCCCCCUACCAACACAGUCUAAAGAGCACAGGCCCAAAGAGAAAAUAAUGAAAGGCUAUUGUUCUUUAUUCAAGCACAGGAAAGAAUCAUGUGUGCCAUAUUUGCUGGACUGUUACACACCAUUGAAGUAUUUACAAGUGAAGUGCAUAGCUUCUUCUUGGAACACAGAGCACGGCAGAGUGGGGAAGAGGUGUUUGGGGCUCUGGUUGGGGCAGAGCUGACAGGUAGAAUGUCAGUCCAGUUUCCGAAAGGAUAGAUAUUUAGUUCGGUUCAGCUUCAUUUUCCAAAGAAGGCUGAUGCCUACUUGUUUAUGUUUGGCUGGUCUCUGUUUUGUAGCUUCAUUUCAUAAAGGAUGCUUAACCCAGAAACAGGUGAACAGACAGACAGACAAAAAACCCAGAGAUUAUGUCCCUGUCUGUCCAACUGGGGAUAUAAGUCACUGCUACACAGAAACAUUAACCUUCCAACCAAGAUAGCUUCCAUUCCAAAGUUUCAUGUACCUAACCUAACCCCUAAACGUUUCCUACAAACUACAUACACAGGUCACCUGUUAAAACACACCCAUACACCAUACAUGCACAUAAACACACACACACAAAUAGAUGUGUACCACUCACUGGAGAAUGACAGAUUGUUACGCAAUGGCCAAUAAUAAGUACUGAAUUUUUCCUACCUUAGAAUCUGGUUGGGUUUUAUGACCUAAAAAUGUGGUCUAGAAAAGAGUAUAAUUUGUAAAGCCAUAGUUUGAAAAUAUUGGGUCAAAACUGCAAAUAACACUAAUGGUGGCAUCCUUUCAUUGUUAUUUCCUUUCCCAAAAAAGCUGAGAAAGCACAGUGUUCCAUCUGACUUUUUCCCCCGUUAAUAGCCCUUCUAUUCAAAAAAUACUGCCCACACGCCAGGAAAGCACUACAGUUCUUCUAAGCGUUUUCAAAUGAGGAUCGAGCUAGACACAGCCAGUCGGGACACUUAAGAUCUUUAUACCAAGACACAGUGACCGAACUUGCCACUCUUGCAUUGCCUGCUGCAGUGUAUCUAACCAAAUUGUGGUCUUUUUUUGACACACAGCUCUUCACUGAAUUCACUGUCAAUGUCAAAGCUUCCUGCUUUGGUCCCUGUUGUUUUAGCACCACCAGCCCUCUACCUUUUAUUGGAGCUUAAUUCCCAGUUAGAAUCCCAGGCAUAUUGAUUUGCAAUUCAAGAGGCUGGAGCCAUGUGCAUUUCCUUUGUCAUUCUAGGUUUCCUUUGGGAAAAAGAAGUCAAUGAAAGAGAUUUACCUAAGGUCCUGCCACCCCCUCCCCACCUCCUGAACAUUGAUUACUAAGACAUAAGUAAAAUCUGUUUGUCUCAUGUUUUUUGGUUAAUUGAAUAAUAUAGUUACCCUUAGAAAGAAGUUUUCUUUCUUUGUGGUGAACCUAUAUUUUUCCUAUUGUGCCAGCCACAUAUAGAAUGUGGAAUUAAUAUUUAUUAGAAUGAUAAAAUCAUGACAAUUAUAUAUAACUCAGCAAUAAACAACAAUGACUUACAAAUUCAUUGAGAAGCAAA